AUGGUGAUUGAUAAUAAUAAUUACUGUUUAAAUUGUCUUUCGACAAAUUCAUCGUUGAUCAAUAACAAAGAAUCAUCAUCAAAUCAUUCGACAAAACAAUCUUCAAAUCAUAUAACGUCAAAAAAACAAUGUCAAGUAUGUCUUGAUGAUAAACCCAAAAAAGAUUUUAAGAUACAAUAUAGUAGUCGAUGUCAUCAUAAUGAACGUUCAAUAUGUGAUAAUUGUGUUUAUCAACAUGUUAAAGAAGCAAUGAAUAAAAUGUGUACAGAUGAUGUUCAUUGUCCUGAAUUAAACUGUGGUAUUGAUUUUAAAUAUCCAACAGUUCAAAAAAUAUUAUCCGAUAAUAAAGAUAGAGGAUUAUUGGAGAAAUAUGAACGAUUUAUUCUUCACAGACAAUUAGAGAAAAUGCGAGAAUUUAUUUGGUGCGCACAUGGAUGUGGAACAGGACAAUUAAAUGAAGGUGGACAUAAAAAUAAUAUUGUUACAUGUUUUAAAUGUCAUAAAAAAACAUGUUUUAUACAUAAAACAGAAUGGCAUGAAGGAUUAACAUGUACUGAAUAUGAUACUGUAAAAAAUCCAGAACUUCAAGCAUCACAACGUUGGAUUGUACAGAAUUGUAAAAAAUGUCCAAAAUGUUCUUGUCGCAUAGAAAAAGCAGAUGGAUGUGAUCAUAUGACAUGUAGUAAAUGUCGUUAUGAAUUUUGUUGGUCAUGUUUGGCUGAUUAUGAAGCUAUUCGACGAGAUGGAAAUCAUCGACAUGAUUCUAGUUGUAAACAUUACGCACCCUAUCAUAGUUAA